AUAAUCUGUACUCUUGACGAAAGGUAUUUUAUUUGCUAAGCCUGGUCAUUCAGAUCAAGUAUAUAGGCUGAGCGCGAUUGUUUGAUUGAAUCACUGAUUUAAGUUCAAAAUGGAUUCUUUAAAUUUCGUGGGUAGCGUUGGUAACUAUAGUACACUAAUUAUCUUUGUAAUCGUUUUCUUGUUAUUGUUUUUAAGACAGCGAAGCAUUGAUUUGUUUCCUCCCGGUCCGCCUCCGUUACCUGUGGUCGGUAACCUGUUUUCGUACGGUGAAAUUCCUUUCCAAGCAAUAUCAAAAUGGGCAGAGAAAUAUGGAAAAAUAUUUACUUUAUACCACGGACCAUUCCGGAAGUCAAUAUGGAUAAACGAUUUGGCACUGGCUAAGGAGCUAUUCAUUGGGAAGUCUGAAAUAUUCUCCGAAAGAAAAAUGGUUCCAUUUUUAGCCCAUACAAGUGGUGUUGAAGGAAGUGUUGUAUGGGAAAAUGGGCCAGCAUGGAAAACAAGAAGAAAAUGGAUGAUGAGUGCUUUACGGCAUUUUGGAAUGGGUAAGAGAAGUAUAGAAACUAAAUUGAACGUCGAAGCUGACAUGCUGUGCCACGAAGCCGCCAAGUACCAGUCGCAGCCGUUUAAUCCUCAGCACAUAAUCAACUGCUCUGUCGCAAAUGUUAUUUGCUCAUUGUGCUUUGGCGAACGUUAUGAUUAUUCUGAUCCGGAAUUUGUGAGUUUGUUAGAUAACCUGAUGAAGUAUUUUAGACAAACUAAUUUACAGAACAUUGAAACACAUAUGCCAUUCUUAAUUGAUUUGCCAAUGUUUCGUUACAAAAAGCUGGCUGUCACACAGAUACAAGAAUUCAUUCAAAGACGUAUUGCUGAACAUCAGUCAAGUUUUCAGCCGAAUGUCAAUCGCGAUUUGAUUGACUUGCUUUUGUUGGAGGUUGAAAAGAGUAGGGAGAAUGAAGAUGGGUACUUUCAGCCAGACACGAUGUGGUCCACCAUUUUUGCUAUUUUUGUAGCUGGAGCUGAGACCACUUCUAGUUCUCUUUCUUGGUUCAUACUCUACAUGGCAAGAUUUCCAAAAAUACAGUCAAAGGUGCAUGAAGAAAUUGAUCGAGUGUUAGAGGGUAGAAGACCAACAAUGGCAGAUAAAUCACUUCUACCUUAUUUUGAAGCUUCAAUUUAUGAAAGCCAGCGUCUUGGUAAUACAGCACCUACGACACUUCCUCAUUCAAAUAAUGAAGAUUUUUAUUUAGAAGGCUACAAGAUCCCAAAAGGAACAACUAUAUCCAUCAACCAGCACAGGAUGCACACGAGCCCAAGAUAUUGGAAUGAACCGACGGAAUUCAAUCCCUCAAGAUUCUUGACCAAUGAUGGUCAGAAAGUUAAAAAACCAGAAUCAUUCAUGCCUUUCGGAAUAGGUAGAAGAGCUUGUCCAGGAGAAAGUUUGGCAAAAUCUGAGAUGUUUGUUUUUAUGACAAACUUUAUGCAGAGAUUUAAAGUUGUGAUGCCUGAUGACCAAAACCCGCCUUGCCUUGACCCUCAUGUAGGGAUUACACUUAUUCCAAAGCCAUAUCAAAUUUGUACAAUUCCAAGGAUGUAAGAUCAGUGUUUACUUUAUUGUAUAUGUAGUGUCAAUAAUUUCAUUUAAAAUUUUUUUUUUUAAUAUGGAAAUUGAAGUAAAAUUUGUUGAAUUAAUCACACGGCAGCUUGUGUUUGAAUUAAACUUAGUGAAAUUGCACUGUACCUAUAUGCUAACAUGGUAUACUAUUGAAAAGAUCAAAUACCUGAAUUAUUUAUCAGAGCAGAAAGUAUACAGUAUUACAGUAGUUGAAAUUGAAACAGAUCACAAAUCUAUUAUGUGUGGUUAAUUAUACACCCUCAAUCAAUAAUAAUAACGAAUAAUAAUAAAUAAUAAUAAUAAUAAUAAUAAUAAUAAUGAUGUUACUAAAACCUACCUUAAGGUGAAAUUAGACAAUGGGAAAUUAGAAAACAUGACAUUAUGGGGAAAAUAACAUGACUUUUAAGGGGAAUAUAACACAAAAGAUAUUUACCUGAAAUCUGAUUUAGUGAAAUAAUAAUAACAAAUAGGCCUAAUGAUAACAAAUAAUAAUAAUAAUAAUAACGAACACAACGACGAUGGGUCGGUAAUUGCUUCAUCCUUUUUGCUUAUUAGUAUCGGAAAUUUGUUGUGUAGUUUUAUUUGGAUGUAUUACCAGAAUGUGUACCAGGUUGUGUCAUGUAUCCAUGGCAUUUCGAUAAUCCGGAUAUAUAGAAGUCCUUUCUUGCCCUUUUGCAUAAUUAUGGUGUUUAUCAUGUCAGGGUUUUGCAACUUUCAGUAUGUUUUUUUAUAAAGUUUCUUUUUACUAGAUUUUAAUAUCUAUUCAUCAUCUAUUGAAUUUUGUACUUGAGUUUGUUACUGUACAUCAUUUUAAAUUUUCUUAGACCCUGUUUAUCAUGGAUCAAUUUUACAACACCAUGGAACAUUAUAUAGGCAAUAUUUGAGUCUACUUGAAGGAAUAAAUUUGUCCAGUCUAUUUCAUAAAAAUCAUGAAUAGUAUUUUGAAUCGAUUCAUCAUUAAUGAUGUAUUGAUGCAUAGUAGGAUUUUUUUUGUUGGGUUUAUGUGCAUUUUGUAAAGACCUUUCAACAUAAAAAUGAUCAGCUGUUUGAUUUGGUUUGUAAAAAUGUUACCGGCAAGGGUAGCUGAUGUAUUUGUUAUUGGAAUAGGAUUGAAUAUAAGAUGGAAAAGGAAUCGGCCGUAAUAUUUUCGAUGAAAGUUUUAACUUUAUUGUUUUUACUAUACUUUAUAAGGAAAAUAUUAAAAUCUCCAAAAGUAAAAUUUUAUUUUUAAAAAUUUAUCCUAAAAAAGAGGUUUCAUCAUAGUGGAUUAAACAUUUUCAGCAGAGAGAAUUAUAUUUGUUUUAUUUUUACUACUUAUUUAAAUACAAAAGGCAUUAAUUGUUUACUUCACAAUGUUCUACUUAAGCAUCAUUUUGUUCGGUAGCAACCCUUCACAAAUGUAAAUACCAACUCUUCCUCCCAUUUUUUUUCUUCUAUAGAAGUGGAAAUAAUAUAGACAGGCAGAUUAGGACAGUGGGACAUUUGGUUUUUGGUGACCCAAUAAUUUUAAAUUUAAUUUGUGAUCUAUUAGGUUUAGAAGCCUUAAUUCAACUUUUUUUUAAAAUUUAUUAUUCAAGUUUAUUUAUAUUUUUUUAAUUAAUGAAUGCUUAAUACACUAUAUAUAAUUUGACUGUUUAUAUAAUUAUGACUGGCGACCAUUGCUUAAAAUUUGAUUCUAAGCUUAUUUUGGUCUCCUUCCACACAAGUAUUCUGUAAUGUAUUAUUAGGCCUAUUAGUCUUAUUUCUUUUUACUAUUUUAGCUUUCUUGUUAUGUAUGUGAAUGUGUAUGGAGAAAUAAAUGAAAGAAACAAAGGAAA